AUGUCUGGGAUUCUCGGCAGCGCCAUUACUCCAUGUCCAUCGAGAUCGAGGUUCUCCGGCUACAGCGAUCACAGCGGCAGCGAUACAUUCGACAUUUCGAUUGGUGGCGAUACGGAAUGCGAGAAUACGGAACAGAUCGACUUCACCACUGAAAUACGUGGGCCGACAAUGACUGGAGUGCGACCCAGACGUGCUAACCAAGCAGGCUCUGGGUUCCAAAUACAUGAUGAGGGGGUAGAGAAGCCAUCCGGGCCUGCUGAGAAAAGACAGAGACCAAACGGAACUAUGAGGUUACAAUCCGAGCGCAAAUCGUCUUUGCUUGCCCAACCGGCGCAGAGAUUCCGCCCCAAGGUUGGAAUUACUCCAAAUCAACCGCAGACUGUGAAUAUAAAACAAGAGACGGAAACAAAGCGCAAACCUGAACGACUCGACUCGAACCCGAAGGUGCAGCCUUCCCGUAGAAUGGGCCCGGCUGCAAAAGAGACAACACAACACCGUUCCGACCCUGCUCUCAAGAAAAACGUGCGACGGAACACUGUUUAUAUCCCGCCGGAUGAUGCAACCGUGCCUAGCGUUUUUAUGGGACUGUUCAGUCCUUUGAAAAAACAACCAGGUACGACUCUGUUGGAGGCUACCGAGGACACACAAAUCAAUACCCUUGAAGCACGGAUAGCAAACCGUCAAGUUAGAAAGUCAUUGGCCGCAGGUGCACGAAAGGCUCCGCUGCAACCAAGUACAAAGAUUGCACAGGAAGCUGCGUCAAGAAUGGAUGUGGCCGGCAAAAAUGGAGGGAAGGAGAAUAUUCCUCCUGGAACGCUCUUUAACAUUGAGAAAAAACCAGACCUUCAAACUAGGCCGCUUGUCAAGCCUCGAAUCAGCACCAUGUCAUCCUCGAAACCAAAUCCUACUUCUCGCACUGUUCGAUCGGCUGAAGUCGUCACGGUGGCUCCCAAGCAACCUCUCCCCAGGCGGGACGUACUAGGAGACAAGCAGACUAACGCAAAGUCUUCCGCGGUGCGCGAUGGUCGAAUUAGAAUGGCUGAGCCAAAGGGGCCACCCCUUAGUACGUCACUUAACACUCGCGUAUCAGCCAUUUCUGAUCGCCGCGGUCGGUCUGGGUCAAAUUCUGCUUCAAGGCUUCAAAAUGCAUCAUCAAAGUUGAGGGAGCUGAACCAUGACUAUCCAAAACUGAGUGAGGAUAUCAAGAAGCCUGCACUUUACGAAGAUAAUUGGCUCUCACACCAGGAGACUGUGAUUACUCAAUUGGUCAAUGCUUUGUUCGACUGCUCCAAUGGUGACUUGGCUUUCCAUGACCAGGAUGUCCUUCGAUUGGAGCUUCUCGAACUUUACCAUACCGAUGAAUUCAUUCAGCUGCACAAAAAGCUACGAGCCUCUUUGUCUUGCGGUGCCCUCAACAUUCCCAAGCAUGCCCUUGCUCGCAGUAGCCGUCUCAAGCAAGACGUUGGCCUUCGCCGCAAGUUCCUUGACAUAUGGAUACAAUCAUACGAUCUCCAUGCCUUGGCUGCUGCCGCGGAGACAGUUAUUGGUCGAAAGAUUUCCAAUUGUCCUGACUUGUUCCAGAACAUGAUGGAAUCUGAAAAUAGUGCAAGGUGCACGAAAACCAUUGUGCGGAAGCUGGAAAACUUCCUGUGCACUUUCCUGCUGCGCAACGAAGACCUGGAUCAAUCUCUACUGCGUGCCAACGAGAUUCCCGCAGAAGCUCAGGCCAAAGUAUAUCGUCGCACAGUGCUCCGAUGUAUCAUGCUGGUUGCCCUCUUAGACCAAGCAAAACAGUCUUUGGGCUCCAGCCUUCCCCGUCGACUUUUCGUGCCCUCGUCUCCUUUGAAAUCAUCGAUGGAUGUACUUCAAGCACUGACACGGGUGCUGUUGCCAUCUUGUGGCGACAUUUUGAAGCCAUUGAGCCACCUCGGCUGCCGCUUAUCUUACCACCAACAUCAGCUAUUGGAGUACAACUACCAAAUGGACAACAUUGCAGUGGACCUGAGAGAUGGAGUCCGGCUUACUCGACUCGUCGAAGUGCUUUUCAUUACUGCUAGCCACACUCGACGUGACACUGAGGACCAGACUGAAGUCACUCUCAACACUGGUGAGGCUCUUUCUUUACUUGGCGAACACGCAGACGUUCCUCUCUCGAAGCAUCUCAAGUUCCCAUGUGUCAGCCGUGCAGCCAAAGUCUUUAAUGUCCAGCUAGCUCUGUCCGCCUUGGAGUCUACCAAGGGCUCCAGUGCCAUUGUGGACAAUGUGCGAGCUGAGGAUAUUGUUGAUGGUUAUCGUGAAAAGACAAUUGCCCUCUUGUGGGCUCUUGUUGGAAACCGGGGCUUAUCAGGUCUCGUUGACUGGGAUGACAUCAACACAGAGAUUUGCCGAUUGAAACGCAAAGCUCUCUCGAAAUUGGGUUCGGAGCAAGUAAAAUACGAAGCUUGGUUUACUGGUGAGCAGUUUGGUGGCGAUCAACACGAACAUCUUCUUCAGCACUGGGCCGGCCUCUUGGCCGGCCUCAAAGGUCUUCAGAUCAACAACAUGUCAACCAGUUUUGCCAAUGGACGGAUCUACGAAAGUAUUGUCGACGAAUAUGAGCCCUACAUUACCGGCAAUCAAGACUUGAACGCAAACGGGCGGUCUGCGUCCAUGUCUUUGGAGAAACGCCUCGGGCUACUAGGCUGCAGCUCUCAAUUUGCACACCUUGUUUCUCCUAGUUCAACCUCUUCACACGUUCUCAAUCGAGACUUUACACUGGGCGCUCUCGCCUUCCUUUGCUCUCGAUUGCUUUCAAGCUCGAAGCGCGCUCGCGCCGCAACCGUCUUGCAACGUGCAUGGCGAGCACGCGUGGAAUACCGCACCUACCUACGCCGCACAAUGGCAAAGGAUCUUGCUGCGCAUUGCGCCGCCGUUGUACAAACCAGAAAUGAAAUCGUAUGGGCAAAGGAGGUGAUCAUUCGCUGGUGGAGACAAAUCAAAUCACGGAGCGUGGAAAACGCCGCGCGGCCUCGGUCUUUACGCAAGACUGAUCGGAGACCCGCCGGCCUCCUAUGA